AUCAGCUGUCAACCGGGAACAGAUGUAAUGUCACAGAAAGGCGGCAUGAAAUACUGAAAUUAUUUAUAUUUAUCGUUUACUUUAUUUAUUUAAUGUUUUGUUCCUACGAUGUCGGUGCCGUUUGAUAUGUUGCUUCAUCCAGAACUCCUGACUAAUGAGCAGUUAAUAUGCAUUAUACAAGAGAGGCAUUUAAGAGUUUCAAACUUAAGGCACAUGCGAAGAGAUGAGUUAUUGGAGAUAUUUCACCAUUACUGCGUGCCGUACGGGCAAAGGAAAUACAGAGAUUCAGGCAGGGGCAAAUUGCUCAACAAAAAUCGUCCGCCUAGCCCUGAAGUGACAAAAAAACUUAAUAAAAUUAAUCAGGAAGUUACACAAAAUAAUCAAAACCGUGACAGGUUGAAGCCCCCUCCCGAAUGCAUGUCUAGUUUCACAAAAAGGUUCAAAAUUGAGACAACAAUUACACCAUUAUCAAAUAAAGACAACAGUUACAGUGUGAACAAAAGGAAAAUGAGUGUUGAUUCUGUGACUGUAACAAAUGACUGCCCUCCACAAAAAAAGGAAAGAAAACCUAUAACAUGGCCGUGAAGUAGUGGAAAUCAAAAACUAUAAUAAUUCAUGAGUAUAAAUCGAAGUCUCUCCUAUACCAAUGUACAUGAUUGUUAGGUAUGUACAUGUUGUAUUGCCAACAUUAGCCAAAUUGAAUAAUUGAAUACUGGCAAUGGCUUGAAUUCUAUUUUCAAAUUAUCAGUCAAGACCAACCAGUUUUAUUUAAAAGAAAAUAAAUAAUAUUAUGUCUAUUAAAAAAACUAGAAAUCUACAAGGAAUGCUGUGUAAUAAUAAAUUGUAAAUAUAAAAAUUUCUUCAAUGUUGUUAGGAAAGUGUAGAUUAUUAAAAAAUUGAUGAAACGCAAGUUCAGUUAAAAUAAUUUUUUUACCAUAUCAAUAUCUUUGAAACAUGAAUUCUGUAAUGAGUAUGUUAUUAUGAUGUACAGUUUCUUCUGUAAAUACACUGACUUGCCAGUAAAAAAAAUGAGCAGCUAAACGAUAAUGGUGGAUUCAAAUGUAAAAUAGAAUAA